UUGGGUUGCGAUAGCGAUAGAAGACAAGAAACAACCAUAGACGUGAAUUAGUUAGUUUCACCUACUCCAUAUAGCGAAUUCAGCCAACCAAGAGAACCAUUAUUUAAUACUUAAACUAAAGUUGUUGCUGUUUAAGAGUGAACCAACUCAUGGUUACAAGUCACAGGUUCACCAACUGGUGGUUAAGCUUUUCAACCCAUAAUUUCAAGCAAACUAAACAACCACCAUUAUUUUCUUAAUCCAUCAUCUCCCACACGUGACUGACUAUCUCAACAAUGAAUGUUUCAUCAUCAUCACUCACACUACCAAUUAUUUAUUCCUUUUCAAUAAUAAAAAAAUGUAGCAGCAGUAGUAGUAGUUGGUGGUGUAACAUUUAAUAUUGUUUUUUAUGUAAUUGGUUGGUACCGUUCUUCCAAUCAUAAGCUGGUCGGUUACUCCUUUUGUUUCAAAUCAAUAACAUAUCUCUUGUUCCAAUUCUCAUUUCUCUACCUAUGUUUUUCAUCUCGGCUUAGAAUAGUUGAGGUGGUGUUGCGUAUUGAGUUCAUCAUCACGAAGCCGAUUGCGUCUCAAUCCUGAGAAUUGAAAGAGAUAUCAAGCUGAUUUCAUUCUUGUGAAGAGACCAGCAUCAAGUACUUUACAAUGUAUCCCAAUCAUUCAUUCUCAUCGGUGUCUUAUGCGGAUAUGUUCACCGCGAGCCCUCUGUUACCUCACAACUACUACAACGAAUCUGUUGUAGGAGAACAAAAUGAGACAGUGACUAUGCAGUCCAUUGAUCAACAUUCUGAUCCUUGCAACUCUCAUUUAGAUUGUGACCAAAAUAUACAAUGCCAAGGGCUAUCUCUUACUCUAGGGACACUUUUGCCUUCUACAUCAUCUAUCCCUCCAUUUCAAUACCAGUAUCAGGACACCGGUUUUGUAUCACUCAUGAAUGAUACUUGUCUUCCAAAGGGAACUACAAUAUCUAAUGAUGAUGAGUUGAAAACUGCUGAAUGUAUGGCAUCCAUAUCUUCUGGAGGUUUUCAUGACAUUCCCAAACGGGAAAGUUUUCACGACUAUCAUCCUUCCGAUCAAUGUAUGCAGGGCUCAUCGGGAUUUUCUAACAUUUUCUUAAAUUCCGAAUAUCUGAAGGCUGCACAGGAGUUACUCGAUGAGCUGGUUAAUGUCCGAAAGCAACGUGGAAUGGAAAAACAAGAAAAAGUACGCGAAAUUGGAUUAAAUAACUCAAAAGAAGCUGAUGGAAAAUCUACUACUCAGUCUACGCAAAUAUCUUCAGGUCCCAAUGAUUCUAAUUCCAAUCCUUCUAGUCAAUUAUCCUCAGCAGAAAGGCAAAAUUGGUUGGAUAAGAAGACAAAACUUCUGUCCUUCUUGGAUGAGGUAGAUAAGAGAUACAGACAAUACUGCCAUCAAAUGCAGAUUGUGGUCUCAUCUUUAAACAUGGUUGCUGGCUGUGGAGCAGCAGAACCAUAUACUACACUUGCAUUACGAACAAUUUCAGGUCAUUUUCGUUGCCUGCGCGAUGCAAUCAGCACCCAAAUUCAAGUCAUUCAAAGAAACCUUGGGGAACAAGAAGGAAUCCCUCGUCUCAGAUAUGUGGAUCAACAGCUUAGACAGCAGAAGGAACUUCAGCAUCUUGGUGUUAUGCGGCACGCUUGGAGGCCUCAAAGAGGACUUCCUGAAAACUCCGUUUCAAUACUUCGUGCCUGGCUCUUCGAGCAUUUUCUUAAUCCUUACCCCAAGGAUUCGGAGAAAAUAAUGCUAGCUACGCAAACUGGUUUGACAAGGAAUCAGGUGGCGAAUUGGUUCAUUAACGCGCGUGUGCGUCUUUGGAAACCAAUGGUUGAGGAAAUAUACAAAGAAGAGUUUGGUGAUUCUGAGAUAAACUACAAUAAUUCAUCUGAAAAUCACCUCAUCAAAGGUAAAAGAGAUUAUUAUUAUACUCAAGAAACUGAGUCACAGGACAAUGUACAAACUAUUACUAUUGAUAGUGUACAAGCCUAUUCCACUAAAGAACAUGCAAUGGAUUAUGAAAGUAAAAAAUUGCAUGGUGGUAGUAACGAAAGGUUCAGCGUGAAAAAUGGCUUUUAUUCAGAAAUAGCUUGUGAUACUGCCACAUAUGAUUUAUCAGAGAUAGGUGGUGGCCACCACCACCAACACCACCAACAGCAACAACAGCAACAUGUCUCUCUUUCAUUGGAGUUGAGGAACUGUGAAAACGAUGGAUUAGCCACAUCACAAGAUGCCAAUCACAAAAGACACAAUAAUAAUAAUAAUAUUAAAAAUAAUAAUCAGAUAUUGUCUUCUUCUUCUUCUGAUAUAGUAGACUAUCAUUUCACAGAUUCAGGAAAGCAACAACACAGGUUUGGCAAUACUCAUUUGUUGCAUGAGUUUGUCGUAUGAAAUCUACCAAAGAUAUUUUUAAUUUUUACUAUCAAUAUGAUUUAAAGGUAUCUCUGGAAAGGUGUACUUUCUUUCACACAAAGAUGAAAAGAGAGAGAGAAAAAAAAGACUAUGCUGCUGUUUUCUUUUUCAUUCAUUCGCGUUGCCCUCAUUGUUCAUAAAAGUGAUGUAAUUUCACAAACGUACAAAAUAUACAGAUAGGUAUAUAUAUUUUUGUAGAUAUUCAUUUUUCAUUUUGCUUGUAAUAAUAAUAAUAAUAAUAAUAAUGUUACAGAUGAUUGGUUUCAUGAUAUCUGCAGGCAAUUUUUUGUAAAAGGAUAAGGAACAUGUCUCGUGCAUUAAUGUUGUAUAAGAUAUUAAAGUUUGUGUGGAAAAAAAUUAUUAUUAUUUUUUUAUAAGCAAAUAGUGUAAAAAUUGGUAAUAUGUACGAUGUGAAUGUCCUGACUUUUCUUAAGUAAUUUUCAUUGACAACAUGUGGUGUGGUCCAUGUGCACACUUUGUUCCCUUAAUAGUGACUUCCUUGGAAGCAAUUGAAGAGGAGAAUAACAAUUUUGUUUAGCCUCUUUGACUUCGUGCAUGAUUGGUAUGAGCUUUAUGAAAUUACAUGGAGUCUAUGUGAUAUUAAAAAAUGUUACAAAGUUUUGUUUGAUUUUUU